AUGUCUUCCGCAAUUCCAUUUAUAUUUUAUUGCAACCAUUUUGUGCCAAACGGCGUUUCCUUUAACACAACAAUUGCUAAUAUUGCGUUAAAAGUUUCUGCACUACAAGGCCCUUGUGUAGAAAUUACCAGCACAGAAGAAUAUGCAAAUAGAAGCACGUUUACGGUAUCUAAAAUUACUUCUGCUGAACCACUUUGCCUUAGUGAUGUAGCAG